GGGUGUGGUGCUAAAGGAUGUACCAAAUUUUUUUUAAUUGACCAGAAUUUGUUCAUAAGCAUCUGAAGUUGAAGCACCCUGACUUGAUGACUGACGCAAUUGUCAAGGCUCGAGAGGAAUUGUACUUUCAAAAUUAUAUGAGGGAUGUAGAUGCUGUAGGAUCUGAUCAAACCACCUUCACACAUUUGCAACAGAAUUCUGGUGGCAAAAGUCGUGAACAUCGUCGACCUAGUAUCUUUGGGCCUUCAAUUGAUGAUGUUGUAGAUCAAAAAAAUUCUGACAAGCAGCGUCCAAGUACGGAGGUCCAUCAAUCUCGUGACACUAAGUUUAUUCCACGCACUGACGAGGUAUUUGAAGAAUGCUCGAAGGUCAGAGAUGACGAACAAUUUGAGCGUGAUGGUCUGGAAAAAUCACAAUUUUACAGAGAAAAAUCAGAACAUUCUUCGCCGCCUCGUGUUUUUCUUCCUCUCAGAACUGCAAGACCAUCUCUCUUCGGUGGAAGACAUCUGGGAAGUUGCUUUGAGCGUGUAUCAAUGGAGCCUCUUAUGUUCGAUCACUUCAGCGAUUCUCCAUUUCACGGUUUGCCAGGCGAUCUGAUUGUACCUGAUAUUCCUUGUCCACCCCAGGUGCUGAUGCCUGUCCCUGGUGCUGGCUGCAGUCCAUUGGGUCCGUUUGUACCAGCUCCUCCUGGAAUAACAAUGAGGUUUCUGAUCGAGGGCCCUGGUCCUUCUCAUUGUGAUUUUGAGCGGAGUUUUGUGGACGACAAUAACCGAUGGCCAAGGGAUCGUAACAGACCAACACCAGGUCCUAGGUUGGGUGGUGGUCUGUCGGAUUUCCCUUCUAUGAUGAUUCCUCCUCAUGGCUCACACUAUGAUCCUCGUGGUAUUCAAAGUUACCAUGACCUUGACACUCCCAGAGAUGAAGUCACGGUGAUUGAUUACAGAACUUUAUGAGCCAUUUUGUCGCAGAUCAGGUUACCCCAUUUUGAUCAUCCCAAUGGUGGCACGUUUGUGUGCGGCACGGCAUCGACCUCUUGCUUUUAUCACCAGUUAACUCAAAACAUCUGCACGUUUAAUGCUUGACUCUGAGAAGCUUGGUAAUAAACUUGCAUUCAAGCUUGUAGUUUCAGAAGCUCUCUAAACGCAUCAAAGAACAAUUACAUGAAAUAUCAAAUAAGGUAGUAAAUAUGGUUAUAACUCUCAA